GUUUGUGUUUAUUCUAAUAUUAGAUGAUAGACGACUUUAGGGGCAGGGCCUGUUUUUUUAAGUUUCAGUUUCAUUUCUUUGUAACAGUCUUCGCUGGAGCUGUGGGAAACUAAGGCAGCCCUGUUGUAAACACAGUCUGAUGAGCUGGCGAAACUCAUGUCAGGAUGACCACGAUCAUCUCUAAUUUUAUUAUCAAGACCCUGUGCGACAACCAGGGAUGUCUGGACUUCAAGAGCCUGGAUGAGAAGAUCAGGCAGAGUUUCACUGUCGCGGAACCAGUUUUGAGGAAAGUCCUCUUCGACGAUGGUAAAAUAGCUCUUCGAGAGGCCAGACGGAGUGUCUCUGGUUCUGGUCAAAUAAUCAGCCCGGACAGUCUGGUUGUGGCGAAAACCACCCUGCGGAUCUGUCAGAAAAAACCCGGAGAGUGUGCACAGUGCGAUAGUUUGCAUUUGUGCAGGUAUUUUGUUUGCGGAGACUGCACUUUCGGACACAAGUGUAAAAAUCCCCAUAGUCUGGCGUCACCGUACAAUGCUGAACUUUUGAAGAGAUGGGGUUUUCGCGACCUGACAGAGAAACAGCUGUUCCAGCUGUUACUGCAGAAUGAUCCUUAUCUGCUGCCUGAGAUAUGCCCACAUUACAACAAGGGCAAUGGUGUGCACGGCUCCUGCAAGUUCACCACCACAUGCACCAAGCUUCACGUCUGCCUGCACCAUUUCCAAGGUGACUGUAAGUUUGGCUCGACAUGUAAGAGGAACCAUAACAUUGAAGCACAAGGAAUGAAGAUUUUCCGAGGGUUCAGUCAGGAGACUAUUUCAAACCUUCCUGGAAUCUACAGAAAUAAAUUCAUCAUCUUAGGUCAACAUGAGAGACAACCCUCUGCUGUUACUGUAUCUCCUCCAGUGCUGCCAGUGAAGGUGCCGCAGCCUUCCAAGAAGCCCUCCCACAGCAACCCUGGAUCCCCCACAUCCCCCACUACCCCCACUACCCCCACAUCCCCCACUAGUUCUGCAGGGGCAACUAAAACAAUAAGUGAUGCUGACAGGAAUGAAAUAUGCCUCUUCUUCAUUCGCAGACACUGCAGCUUCAAAGAUAAGUGUGUCCGUGUCCAUUGGCACCUACCUUACAGAUGGCAGGUUUUAGAGAGUGAUCAUGUGACCUGGAAGGACUUGCCCAAUAUGGAGGACAUUGAGAAGGCCUACUGUGACCCAGGACAAGACACAAGCUGCACCGAUCAAGCAUCGGCCACAUUGGGGAUUUUUCGAUUUCUUUCUUUACAAAGCACUGCACCCCCUGCUGCGCAGUCAGUGGACUUCAUGACAAUGACAUACCAAGGGUCUCCGGUUCGUCGCCUGUCCACCACCUCAUCUGUCUCCAAACCCCCUCACUUCAUUCUCACAACAACAUGGCUUUGGUACUGGAAGGAUGAAAACGGGAAGUGGCAGGAGUUUGGACAGGGUGACACUGACACACCAGUCUCUGUCACUUCUCAAACUCUGGAGAAUGUAUACCUGGCGGAUAGAGACACAGAGAUUCCUUUUAGUGCUGGCAAACAGCAGUAUACUCUCAACUUCAAAGGUGCACCGGGAGCCCAGCAGAUGUAUCAGCAGAACAUAAAAUACAGAACCAAACGAGAGGUCAGAAGGAGGCCUCGCUUUGUGUCUGUUCAAGAUGUGGAAGUGCAGCUGAAGAGUGCGUUAUCACCUAGCUCCAGCCCCUCCACAGCUGAAAAUGUCCCAUCCUACUGGGACAAGAGUGCCUUACCUGAUUUUGGAUACAAGCUCAUACCUCUUUCGACAUCUGCAAAGGAGUAUAAAAUGAUUGAGAUGUUAUUCAGGCGCACCAUGCCCCAGACUAAAAUCAACAGCAUCCAAAGAAUCCAGAACCCAUCUCUGUGGAAAGUCUUUCAGUGGCAGAGAGAGCAGAUGAAGGAGAGGAGUGGAGGGAAACCUGUGGAUGAGAAGUACUUGUUCCAUGGGACAGAUGAGUCCCUGAUUCAGGCCAUCUGUGAGCAAAACUUUGACUGGAGGAUGUGUGGUGUGCAUGGCACGGCGUACGGCAAAGGGAGCUACUUUGCAAGAGAUGCGUCCUACUCAGACAGAUACGCCAGGGCCAAAAGAAGUCUGAACUAUAUCAUGUUUGUUGCUCUGGUCCUGGUGGGGGAGUACACCAAGGGAAGCAGCAGCUACGUUCGGCCCCCAUCAAAAGGAAACAGCAGAACCCUCUAUGAUAGCUGCGUUGACAGGCAGAGCGACCCCAGCAUCUUCGUCGUCUUUGAAAAACAACAGAUUUAUCCAGAGUACAUCAUUGACUACUCCUGAGUUGUGACAACAGUGGUGCUGUUUUUGUUGAGGACGUCAAUGGUCAGGGGAAUUUUACUAUACUGUAGCUGUUAGUGGCUUUAAGGGUUUGUGUAGUUUUCUAUGUGAAAUAACAUCAACACAAAAAUGUGGCAAGAUUAGAACUCUGGAUAUCCAUAUAUACUUAUAAUACAAUUGACUGCUUAUGGGAUUUUUCUGCAAGUUUAUUGGUGUGUUCUGAUGAAUUUAUUAGGUGACAGAAAAUACUUUUGCAUUGCAGAUCGUAUACAGUUACUAGAGAGCUUUUCCUUUGAGCAUGUCUAUUUUGAUGAUGGUGUCUAUUUCGUCAUGACAAUGUCUGAACACAAGUCUAAAUGAAGGAUACUGAGGGCGACAAAUGAUCUGGUGUUUAAAUAUGAAUUGAAAUUCACUGAUUGCUCUGAAAUAAACAGAUCACAAGCUACCAUGAAAGUAGUUUAUGUA